CAAUAUAUCUUACCAAUUAUGACCUAAGCACCAAGUUAACAAAAAUUGCUAUACAUUUGAGCUAGUGAGUUGUUUGAGUUUGCGCAUUGGAGCAAUAUCAGAGCGUAUCUCUGAAUAUCAAUAACAAUGAAGUAUACAGAGCUCAACAUCGCUAUUUUAAAACGCGCAUGCGUUAUAAAUGUAUGGAAUAAGGAAGCUAAAAAAUCAUUACUAACAUCCCAAGUUACUGGAUGCCGAAGUAGCAUUGUGGAUACACUUCCAAAACAUUAUCGUCAAACAAAAUUAAAGAAGUAUGUUAAUAUUAUUUGAAUAUGGCCGAAUCAUUAGAAACUUUUGAAAGGUGUUGUCGUCUUUGUGCAGAAGAGCAAGAAGUAACAAUAAUGAUAUUUAGUAAAGAAGCUGAAGCCAUGCUACUUCAAAAUAAGCUGAAUAAAUAUCUUUUGAUUGAGGUUGAAGAAGAUGAUAAGCUACCAAAAAACAUUUGUGUAAAAUGUUGUUCAAAGUUACAAACUGUAUGUGACUUUAUUGAUACUGCACGAAAAGCACAGGAUGUUUUACAAAAUCAAAGUAUUAUUUUGGAACAAACUGAGGAAAUCACUAAAACUAUAAAGGCAAACAAUGUUGAACCAGAUUAUGGAGAUGACAUAAAGUAUACGGCUAUGGAAGUAAAUGUUGAUCCUAUGAUGGUAUUACAAAACUCGGAAGAUUCAAUAUUACCAGAUAAUGAAGAAAAUUCUGAAUCAAUUGAACAAGAUGUAACAUAUUUACAUGGUGUAGAUGGUGAAGAUGUUACUAUCAAACUGAUCAAGAAGGGAGACAAGACCUGUGACUCAAAUGAUGACAAAAAGGAUACCACAAAACCUUUUCAAUGUAUUACUUGCAACCGAGGAUUUUUCACCGAGUUAGCUUUGAAAAAUCAUUCAUGGACCCACUUUAAUGAGGACAGAGCUACCAAACCUUAUAAAUGUAGUUCUUGUAGAGAACAGUUUGAUUAUAAAAGUGAAUUAUUGAUACAUUUGAAACUACAUAGAACAUCAGGCAUGUGCUUAAUAUGUGGAAGAAUAUUCAGGACUGAUAAAAACUUAGCUGCCCACAUGGCAGCUCAUUCAUCAUCCACUAGUAAAUCAUAUGUUUGCAAAGUAUGUGGCCGUUCAUACAAUACAAGUAGUAAUUUAAAAACUCACAGUGUAACUCACAGCACUGAAAGACCAUACAAAUGUCACUAUUGCAAGAAAAGUUUUAAACGAAAUCAAGAUUUAAAGUUCCACAUUAACCAACACACUGGGGCAAAACCAUAUAAAUGUCCAUUCUGUGAGAAAAGCUUUGCAAGUUCUGGUAAUUGCUACUCACAUAAAAGUAGGAUGCAUCCUGGUCGAAGAGUUGAAGUAAAGAAAAGGCGAGCUACAAUUUCCCGUGAAAAUCAGCCAUUACAACCACGCCCUAUUGCUCCAAAGCCGACUCUUACAACAAUAAAAGCCUCUUUUAAAUAUCAGUGCACAUUAUGUGAUCAUAGUUUUCAUAAAAGAGAUAAUUAUACAUAUCACAUGUACCAGCAUACAGGAGAAAAACCUUUUCAAUGUUCAUUCUGUAGUGAAAAAUUUGUUACUAGAAAAGGCCUUUUGCUUCAUCACGACAAAUGUCAUCCUGGAAAAGAUCGUCCAUUAGCAUUAUUAUCAAGAAAUGCUUUACUCAAAUAAAAUCAUUUUACUAAAAUAUUUUAUAUCAUGAAUAUGUGUCUUGAUAUCUAAUUAGAUUAAGCAAUGUAUAUUGCCUUAGCUUUAAGAAUUAAUCAUAUAUUAUAUUUUAUAAAUAAUAAAGAAGGGUUUGACUUAGAUAAGAUAAUAUCAUUGGGAAAAAUAGUCCAUAAUUGUUGUAUGUAUCAAUAUCUGUAUCAUUGAACCUAUGCUUCAUCUCUUCUUGUC